AUGAAACAAUUGGUGUCGUGCCUGUUGGCGCUGGCACUCCCGGUCCUGCUGGGACUGGGCGUGGUGAGCGCCCAGGAGAACGUCCUCACACGGGUCGCGCCAUCCAUGAUGGAGUGCUACGAGGACCCGGCCACCUUCGAGCGCGACAAUCGGCUCCCGAUGACAAUGAAUAUGCUGAUCGAACUGGUGCGUAAGGUCGAGGACACGCCCGGCUUUCAGCAGGACAUUCGCCAGCUGUCCAUCAGCAUCCUGCACCGUUUCCGCCAGGAUGGAAUCGUGCGGGCGACAGGUGUGACCAACAUGCCCGGAGUGAUCCCGUUCAGUCCGGCCGAGUUCCAGUUCACCAAGCAUCGGGUGCUGUUCUCGCGCCUGCUACCUGGUAACGCGGUCAACUUCCCCAACGCAACUCUCAGCACUGCCGAGCGGUGCGCACUGCACUUUAUGCUUUCCAACUCGAUCGACCGACGAGUGCGAGGCGAUGAGAAUAUCCGCUGUUCGCAACUCUCCCAGUACCGGGCAGCCCGCAUACCGCGCGAGGUGGACUUCAAGGACCGCAGCAAGCUGCGUACGAACUAUCUGGGCGAUAACGAGAUGCUGGCGCAGCCGGAAAUGGACCGCAUCCGCAAGCAGAUCAAAAAGUUCAAGAAGUCCGCACGGCUCGAGAUGGACCCAGACGGGGAGGAACUGGCGGACGGAGAGGAACCACAGGAGGCACCCGAAGUGGAGGGAAGGGCGGAUCCGGAGGAUGCCCCAGAAAUUGAUGCUGCCGCAGCCGAAGAGGAAGCGGGAGAACCACUGGAGGAGGACGGAGCGGCCGGUGAACUGGGCGACGUGUCGCUGGUGGACAUCGCCUCGAACGCGAUCAGUGCGUGUCCGGUGGAGAACGGAGUGGUGUACACGCCUUGGGGCUCCGUCAUGGCUGGCACGGUAAUGGCUGGAAUUGCGGCUGGUCUAGAACCGCAAACGGUGCAGCUGCGUGACCUCGUAGCCCCCCGAGCAGGCGAGUACCGUAGUCGUCAGCAGGCACAACCGAUGCGCGUCGACAACCGGUGGGCAGCGACUCUGGCUGGGGACCUAGCCGAGGUAAGCCUGCUGCAUGUACCCUCGCAGGCGAACAAUGUGCAGGUGGGAGCGGCCGGUGCCUGGAACCGUACCGUUGCUCCACGCUGGUACUUCCUGAGCCAACGUGAACACCUGCAGAUGACUGACACGGAGAUCCGGGCCGGUAUCGACGGUCUGCUGCUGGCGACCAACGUCGCUGAAUGGCGUAGUCGAGCGAAUGGACUUAGGCUUAGUCAGCUGUUGGAUAUGUACUACUCGCACCGAGGUGUCUUCAACGAUACGGUGCGGUCCUGCAACCGACGGGAUCUAUUCACGACCGUGGCACCAAUGCAGCAGAUGCGCGAUCAGACGGUCGCCUUCAGUACCGUGUUGGAUAAGGAGAUGCAGAUGCCGUUCACUGUCACCCAGUCGGCGAUCGUCAACUUUGCUGAUCGCUCCACCGAUGCACUUGCCAACUACAUUCCAACGGCGUUGAAUGACCUCUCCUGCGACGCUACGGCAAUCGUCAUGAACGAUCCCACCGUUUGGCGAACGGCUUCUGAUCUUUACAUCUUCGUCGAUGCCGCAUGGCCCUACCGAGAUGCGUACUCUGUCGUUUCUCACAUCCUUGACUCGGUUGACGUAGGACGAUUUGGCACGACAUACACCAUACUGAAUGCCCGCGAUGGAAGCGUUGUAGUAAACACUACCCAGUUUCUUGCGGACUUCCAUUUGACCUACACACCCCAGCUGCACGAGUCAUUGCCCACGGGUUUCAACCUGCCGAAUGUGUUCCGCCGCUUGCGCAACGAAACCAACACGCUGAUGAGCGAGGAACGGCGCAACAACAGCCUUAGUGGACGUUCCAAGAUCGCCCUUACGAUCGUACACAUGGACCGGGUCAGCGAGGGAGACACGAACUUUGCCAUCCAGCAUCUUCAGAUCUUCCGCGAGGAGGUUCCGGACCUACGCUUCCUCUACCUUGCGGCCGGCGAUCAAGGUCGGUUCAACCGAUUCGUGCGCGACGAACGCCGUGACGUGUUCGCACUGCGUGAGCUAGAUUCUGGUGCCGUUAUCGACACGGUCCGGGUGCAGCUCAAUCCGGUCAUUAUUCGGAUACUGGAGGAGCCCAGACGGGUGGUUAAUCCUCGAUGCGGACACGACUGGAACCAAGAGAACUGGGGCUCGAACUCCAUGAACCAGUUCGUGGAGCCGCGUGGAGUCAACUUCUACCGGCUUCAUCCAAACUACUUCUUCCGGGAGGGUAACAACCGCCGGCUACGCAUUCAGGGACACGGUUUUGCCACACUCACUGUCUGCCACUCGCGAUGGGUCGAGCGUCCAAGGCUCAACACCACCGAAAACCGAGACUCGAUCCAGUGUCGCACCAUCAACACGGAUGCCGUCGAUAUCGACCUCUCGAACGCGUGCAAUGGCCACUCGGUCAUCGGCACCUGUCCGCCGCUGUUCGUAUCCGUCGAAGGACCCCAGACUCCUCCGGCGAUUAUACGCUGUUCUGAGCCGGAAUGCCGCUUCCCGGAUAAUGCCCGGUUCGCGCUGGUCCUGGACAAUAUGGGAUGCUUCAGUGGAGCCAGCAGGACAGUGAGCUCGCUGCUGAUGGCCACCUUGGCCGCACUGCUGUUGCGUUUGUUUAAGUAAUCCUAGGCUUCGAGUAUUCACGGGACGCCUCGGGUGUCUUCCACCGUUUUCUGUUCUCCUGCUUAAUAGUACUAAGUGCUUCCUGACACAUUUUCCCCGUUCAUAGCUAUCCUCCAAUGAAAUGACAACUUAGUGUCUAAACUGACCAGAGCGUACUUUUGACGUGCAGUGAAGUAGAAUCAAUAAUCCGAUAAGAUGACUAA